CUGCCUUUCUCGAACCAACCCUUCCGCUCUCUCGCACCCGGCUCUGCAGCCAUCUGGCACACAUCUGACACCAUCGCCGCAUCUGCACUUACUGUCGUCAACAGCGACCCCGUCCACCGAACGAGCUGCCCCUUCUCCGAACCUCCCAGCUCGUCCAAGUGGCGCUCAUCAGCCUGCUCCUUCUCGGAACGUGUGAUAUCGUCCACUGCUGCCUCGCCUACACACCUGCCGUCCACCUUGCUGGUCACAGAUGCACCGCAAGAUAACAUCCUUCAACUGAGGAUAUUACACAUUACUGCCCUUGGCCCCGCGAGGCCAGAAGCGGCAGUAUAUCCUCCAGCACGUUUGCUACGUGCUAGUCAUCGCGCUGGAGAACGACCACAUCAAUCCCACCACCUCCCCACUCAACACCGCCGGCCCACACGACUCCUCCGAUCCCCUUGGUCCUGUCCGCCAGGAACCACCACCAGCACACGACUCUACUGCACAAGCCACCCCUCAGUAUACCUUAUCUGCUCCCGAGGUUCACACGGCGAACACCGCCGACACAUCGUUUGAGAUCAGCUCUGAGCCGUCGGAUCGAUCACGCAAGCGAAGACGCCGCUCUUCGCUUCCAACGACCGCCAGCCGUCUUGCUUCACCUUCCACUAGGGACACUGCUUCGGGUCCGCAAGCCCGCAAGCGUGUCAGAGUUCACGACGACAUAGCGAGUACCGAGGACGAAAAGACUAUGCGGUUAGAUCCCGCCGAGCGAACACAGCAACGGCCUUCGACCAACGGCUCCUCGCAAAACGGCUCCUCUCCUCCGCAUACAAAUGGCUCCGUCAAGAGCGAUACGAACGGCUAUCAUACGAACGGCCAUGCAGGCGGAACGGUAGCACGGAACAAAGAGCCAUUCUUCGGUCACGACAGAGAAGAGGUCACGCGGAUACUCUUGCAGACGCUGAGCGAUCUGGGAUAUCGAGAUGCGGCGAAGCAACUGUCAAGAGAAAGUGGCUAUGAAUUGGAGAUUCCCAGCGUGGCAGCAUUCAGAAGCGCUGUAUUAAGUGGGGAGUGGGAAGAAGCCGAGGCGUUAUUGCUAGGAACAGAUGCCCUCGAACUCGAUGGUGGAGUUUCUCUUGGUAACGGGCACGGAUGGUCAAAGGCUGACAGACUGUCCGGUGGAAGUCAGAACGGGUCGUCAAGAAGAGGACUUCCACUGGCGGAAGGAGCUAACCUCACGUUGCUGAAGUUCUUGCUGCGACAACAGAAGUACUUGGAAUUGCUUGAAAAACGGGAUUUGAAGUCGGCACUGGAUGUUCUCCGCAGCGAGCUUACGCCUCUGAGAACCGACACUGGAAGAUUGCAUUUCCUUUCGAGCCUCGUGAUGUGCGUCUCGACCGAUGAUCUCCACGCGCAAGCGGAAUGGGAUGGCGUGGAAGGCGAAAGUCGAAGCAAUCUGCUUUCAGAAAUAUCGAAGUCAAUAUCGCCCUCUGUAAUGAUACCAGAGCACCGCCUUGCGACCUUGCUGUCCUCUGUGCAAGAAGAACAGAUUCUGAAAUGCAGAUACCACAACACCACGGCGCAGCCAAGCCUGUACACGGAUCACGAAUGCUCAGUAGACGACUUUCCUCUACACACUCAGCUUGAGCUACGAACACAUUCGGACGAAGUCUGGUUCGUGGAAUUCAGUCAUGAUGGGUCCAUGCUGGCUACUGCGGGCCAAGACGGUCUCGUUGUGGUGUACGAUACAACACGCUGGCGACCAAUACACGAGUUCAGGGAGCACGAACGCAGCCCUUUUGCAAACGCCGCUAAUGGCGCGGGAGCCGCUCGCGAUACUAGGGGCAUCACGUACAUCGCAUUCUCUCCCAAUGAUCAGUAUCUGAUCUCUUGUAGCAAGAAUCACGAAUUCGUUGUUGUCAACGUGCGUGAUGGGCAGAGAGUCUGCUAUGGGGACCACUUUGACGAUUCAAUCACCUGCGCGGCGUGGCUCCCAGAUUCGGAGACCUUCAUAAUCGGAACGAUGAGCUUUAGGAGACCUCUCGGCAUGUAUUCACUCCGAUCGGCUGGUUCCACAAACAGUGGUUCGGUGCUCCGGAAUCCUGAGAUACACUCAUGGCGGGAUCCUCCUUGGGAUCCCACGAUGAAGAGUGAUCAGCCGCUCACCAAAUUCAGACUUACCGAUUGCGCAGUCGACUCAACUGGGACACGCAUGGCUGCGACUACCACUGACCACCGCAUCAUGCUCUUCUCCCUUAACAGCGUGGAUAGGUACCGCAAGCUUGCGGAAUGGCAAAUGGACGCGUGGCUUACAUCAAUCAAUUUCUCUGCAGAUGGCGAUCUCCUCCUCGUCAAUAUGAAUGAGGGUCGAGUGCUUGCGAUCGACUCGGAGACUGGCGAAAUCGUAUGUAGAUACGAAGGGGCAGUGCAACGAGACUUUGUCAUCCGCAGCGCUUUUGGAGGUGCUGGAGAAGGCUUCGUUAUCAGCGGCAGCGAAGACUCCCGAGUGUACAUUUGGCGGAGACAGACGGGCCUGUUGGUCGCUGCGCUUGAAGACCAUCACCCUGGUCCCGUGAAUUCUGUUGCGUGGCAUCCUACCAAUCCUGGCAUUUUCGCAAGCGCUGGCGAUGAUCGCCGUGUCAGAAUAUGGACAUCUGCAAACGCCAGACGAGGAGCGGAUUCGACAGAAGCAUCAUCAGGCGCAGUACGACCCCUCAGCAGCGGCCUAGGGAGAAGCUAUUACUAGAUGAGCUGAUCGUGGCUCAAUGUUCGUUGCAUUAUGCACACGCAGGUAGCGUCGGCGUCGGCGGACAGCAUUGGAUUUAGGGGACCACCAGUGGACAUGAGAUGGCAUGGCAUGACCUAUCCACACGUAGAUAUUCGGAAGCUGGAACUAUCGCCACUACUACAAUACAGUGCAUGGCCACACAGAGUGGUUCAUGAGACUCUGCACAUUGACUAUGGUCGCAUGAACAACUGUCAUUUAGCAGAGCGGAUCAAAUUCAUAUUUCUCACGCAUUGCAGCAGCGGGUCUGUUAUGCAAUCUCGCUCUGCAGUAACGCGACUGAGCAGGUUAGACGCAAAACCUGAUACCAAUUCAUCGCCGACUUUCACGCGCACACAAAUUCGGCUUCACGUGCAGGCGUCUUCACACUCACCUCGGCCUGCCCAGACUCGAGUAUGCUCAGCGCG